AGGGGGUCACCAACAUGGCGGAGGGCUCAAAUGGGAUCGCCAGCUCGGGCGGUGGAGGCGGCAUUGGCGGAGGCGGUGCCGCCGUAGCUCCGGCCGGCGUGGGCUGGGAGGACCGGGACUUCGAGGUGACGGCCGAGAUGAUGCUGCACGACGUGGACAACGAGAGGACGCUGGACGAGGAGGAGGCGCUCGAGGGCGACACGGACUUCACGUCCGAGAUCAACGACCUGGAGAAGGAGGGGGAGAUGCCGCUGGACCAGCUGCUGGUUCUCUACGGCUACGGCAGCACCGUCCCCGUGGCCAACGCGGCGGGUAACGGCACGGACGCGCACGAGGAGGAGGGGGAGGGGGAGGAGGAGGGGGAGGAGGCGGAAGAGCGGGAAGAGGAGGAGGGACCGACGCAGCAGCAGCAACCGUCGGAGAAACCUGACGGAAAGGCGGGCAUUGAGGCGGGGCCCAGCGUCGAUGGGGAGGAGCCAGAGCAGGAAGAGGCGGAGCCCCGGCAGGAAGCUGACGGCGUGGGGGAGAAGGCGGAGGAGGAGGAUGCGGCGGCGGUGGCGGCGGCUCGGGCCGGGGAGGAGGGCGAGGAGAUGGAGGAGGAGGGCGAGGAGACCGAGUCGUCCGCCGACGACCUCGUGCCCCUUGCCGGUUCUGCCGAGCGGCCGGACCUCCUGACGCGGACGCUGCGCUCGCGAGCUCUGCUGGGUGAGGGAGACAAGGGCAGCUCCGAGUCGGAGGACGACGAGGACUACAUGCCGUCCGACGACUGGAAGAAAGAGAUCAUGGUGGGCUCCAUGUACCAGGCCGAGGUGCCCACGGGGAUUUGCCGCUACCAGGACGGCGAGAAGGCGUACGAGGGCGAGGACCAGCUGCUGUGGAGGCCGUGCCCGCUGCUGCUCGACGGCGAGCUGGAGGGAUUCCUGCGCGAGGCCGCCAGGCCCGGCGGGGAGGGGGACGAUCACGGGGGUGGGGGAGAAGGGGGGGGAGGAGGAGGGGGCGGGGGAGAGGGGGGAGGGGGAGAGGGGGGAGGGCCCGGGGGGGGAGUCGGGGGAGGGGGCGGCGGGGGCCUCCACGCCAUCCCUGAGGGCAACCACGUGCGCGAUCGCGAGCAGGCUCUGUACGAGCUCAUGAGGAGCAACUACGAAGCGCGCCGAGCACUCGCCAAGAUGCGCUCCAACGACCGCGCCGUCAAAGAGGAGACGGGCUGGAGCGAGGAGGAGUGCCGCGACUUUGAGAACGGCCUGCGUCUGUACGGCAAGGACUUCUUCCAGAUACAGCUCAACAAGGUUCGCUCGCGCAGCGUGGGCGAGUGCGUGGCCUUCUACUACAUGUGGAAGAAGUCGGAGCGCCACGACUUCUUUGCCAGGCAGCACCGGCUGAGCAAGAAGAAGUACAGCCUGCACCCCGGCGUCACGGACUACAUGGACCGUCUGCUGGACGAGUGCGAGGGGGCCACGUGCCUGCCGUCGCCGGGGCCGCUCACGCUGACGCUGCGCACGGACGCGCUGUCGGGCCCCUACGCCUUCCCCUCGCUCGUCAUCAAGGCCGAGCGGCAGCCGUCGCCACCGCGGGGUGCGGCCGCCCCUCCCGACGCAGAGGGGCCCCCGCGGGUGCACGCACGCCUCGCGCCGCCCCCAACGUCGCCGCCACUGCCGCCGCCGUUGUCGACGUCGCCGCGAGCCCUCGGCCCAGCACCCGCAGCGCCACACAACGGCACCAACGCGCACGCCGGACCGGACGAGGAGACGCCGCUGUCACCGCCGCCGCCCCGCGCCGUCGUCGCCGCCGCCGCCACCACGACCACCGCCUACACCAACGGCGUCGCCGCGAACCACAGGACCGGCAACGGCACCGCAGCUACCGGCGCGGCAGCGCGCGGCCGCGACGCCUCCACCGCAUCAUUGCCCAUGGCCGCCACCGCCGCCGUCGAGAGCGCCGACGAACCUUCCGGCGUCGCCUCGACGGAGGACGUCAAGGUGGAGGCGGAUGCGGUGACGGCGGAGCGGGGAGAGGAGGAGGAGGAGGCGAUGGAGGAGGGCGAUGAGGAGGAGGAGGAGAUGGAGAAGGGGGCGGACGACGAGACGGCCGCUCGCUCGCCCGGCGACGGUGAGAUGCCCGCGGUGAAGCCCGCCGACGGGGAGCCGUCACCGGGUUUGGCGACGGACGCGCGGCGGGAGGGGGGUGGCGAUGACGGGACGGCGCCGGCACGGACCGUAACGUCGUCAACGUCGUCGACAAGUUCGACGACGACGUCGCCGCCGUCCGUCGUUCCGUCAGAGUCUGUCUCCACGACGACGACUUGAUCCCCUCAGAGCGAGAGAGGAUGGGGGAGGCUGGGGGGGGGGAGCGAGGGAAGGGGGCAGCUUCCGUGUCGCCGUGUCUACGACCAGCGCCGUCGUCGCGGCUACGACCGCCGUUGUUGUGGUUACGACCGCCGCCGUCGGCCCGGUUACGUGAGAACAGGAGGGCCUUGCCGUCGACGGCAAGCGAAACCGACGGGAAGCCGUGGCGAGGAACGAUGGGCAAGGGAAACGGGGAAAACGAAAAACUCCGCGGGGGAAAAUGAAUCUCGAGAAAAUACUUGAAGCCCUUCUCCGCCCCAGGAACCCGCGUGUGUGAGAUUCGAUUUUCCUAUAUAUAUAUUUUUUUGCUCCUCCGUUGGUUCAAAGAUUUUGUCCGGAAGUCGCGCCGCGGG